GACUGGUCCCUUCUUGAUUUUCUAUUUCUCUAUGGUCCUAACUCGUUGUAUUCUAUGAAUAAGGGGUUAGCGAAUCAGAAUAAUCAGAUCGACCGUGUUUAUUUUUAAAAAUGUUUAAUGUUACCUGGGGAUUUGUGAGCUGAAACUGAAGGAGAAAUCAAUUUGAAUUUAUCGGAUAAUGGCACCAACUAAAAAUAAAACACAAAACUCUCCAAUCAAUUCAUUUUUAUCAUUGGAAUCCAUAAGGAAGAAGUACUUGAAUAAAAAUUUCAUAUCAGAUUUGAUUUAUAAUCCCAGAUAUUUGCUACCAACUUGUAUUUUACUCUUUCUCUUCGAGGUAUUAUUGAAUGUUUUUAUUAUUCAAAAUGUGAAGUAUACGGAAAUUGACUGGGUUGCUUAUAUGCAAGAAGUAGAAGGUUUCUUGAAUGGUACUUUGGAUUACAGCAAGCUACGAGGAAAUACAGGGCCUCUUGUGUACCCUGCUGGAUUUGUGUAUAUAUAUUCAGCCUUAUAUUAUGUAACAUCUCAGGGAACAAACAUCUAUUUGGCUCAAUAUAUAUUUUUAGGAGUUUUCCUUUUACAGACGAUUCUCAAUUACAGAAUACAUAUAAUUACUGCCAAAGUGCCACCAUAUGCCUUAUUAAUAGCAACUUUAACUUCUUAUAGGAUACAUUCAAUAUAUGUUUUACGAUUAUUCAAUGAUCCAAUAGCUGUUCUACUAUUUUAUCUAAGCCUGAAUUUAUUUUUAUCCAAUAAAUGGAUUCUUGGUAGCAUUUUUUAUUCAUUAGCUGUGUCUGUGAAAAUGAAUAUACUUCUUUAUGCUCCAUGUCUUUUGAUAGCCUAUUUAACUAAUUUAUCAUUGUUUCAAACUUUCCUGAAUCUGUUUUUAUGUUCUUUAGUUCAGUUGGUUUUGGGAUUACCAUUUUUGUUUGAUAAUUAUUGGUCUUAUAUAAAGGGAAGUUUUGAUUUGGGAAGGAUAUUUGAACAUAAAUGGACUGUAAAUUACAGAUUUUUACCGAGGAAUAUAUUUGAAAGUCAUUUUUUUCAUAUCAGUCUUCUGGCACUACAUGUAGCUCUAUUACUGUUAUUUUUGCCCAUGAUAAAGAAAUAUUUAUCAAGCUAUGCAAAGUUGAAUGUGGUAACAAGAGAUGUUGAGAAAUUCAUAAAAAAAGAGAAGCAACUAACAAAAGAAGAAAUUCGCAAAAAGACGAAUAACGCCACAGAUGAAUUUAAAAAAAUUGAACAAAAAAUGAGCAUUAUUGCACAGUUGUUUGUGCUUCCUUUUUAUAUAACAAAUUUUAUUGGAAUUGCUCUGGCUAGAUCUUUGCAUUAUCAAUUUUAUAGUUGGUAUUUUCACUCAAUUUUGUACCUUGUAUUCUGCACUAAAUACAAAAAACCUGUUAUGUUUUUAUUAUUAGCUGUUAUAGAGUAUUGCUGGAAUGUUUAUCCCAGUACAAAUUUAUCCAGCAUCUUGUUACAUAUUUGUCAUGUUUUGAUUAUGUAUGGCAUUUAUAAGAAUAUGAAAGCUUGAUUCAAAUAUAUGAAAAAAUUUUAA